GCGUUGCAUUGUGGGGAUACAAAUAGAGCGCAGAAAAGACAGGGGGAGCACAAAGGAAUGAAAAGAGCACCUCGAAAACUUUUAACUUCAGCCUGUUGUGCUGUGUAUUCAUGUGAGCGUUAAAUCAUCUGUGAGUUUGGCGGGUGGCAGGCUGACAACUGCCUGAGAAGCGUAGGGAAUGUGAAUGAACGGAGCGAAGCGGCAGGGCGCACCGCUGUCUCAGACAAACGCUGCUUUUUGUGUCAGCUGAGCUGUUUGCAUCCCGAGGCCCAGCCGAUAUCACGGGCCUCAUCCCAGAAGGACGUAUUUCCUGUACACAUUCAUAAACUGAUUCCAACAUGGGGGUCAAAACCUUCACCCACAGCUCGACCUCUCACAGCCAGGAGAUGCUCGAGAAGCUCAACGCUCUACGCAACCAGGGUCACUUGUGUGAUGUCACCAUUCGGGUCCAGGACAAGCUCUUCCUGGCCCACAAAGUUGUCCUAGCCUGCUGCAGUGAAUUCUUCCGCACAAAACUGGUGGGCCGGCCAGAGGAGGAGGACAAGUUUGUGUUGGACCUUCAUCACGUGACCGUUAGUGGCUUCGCUCCUCUGUUGGAAUUUGCAUACACAUCUACCCUCUCUAUUAGCACAGAGAAUAUCAUUGAUGUUCUGGCAGCUGCAAGUUACAUGCAGAUGUUUACUGUUGCUAGCACAUGUUCAGAGUUCAUGAAGUCUAGUAUUCUGUGGACCCCGGGUAACAACAGCAACAAUAACAACAUAAUGGCAGAUAAACCGCAUGAAUCGGCACCAGAGAGCGCCUCAUCAAACUGUGCGCUGACGCCAUUAGACGGCAGCGUGUCGCCUGUGUCAUCUGACUGCAGCGUGAUGGAGAGAAACGUUCCUAUAUGCCGCGAAUCGCGACGGAAACGCAAAAGUUUUGUAACAAUGGCAUCACCUGAGAGUCCGCUUAAAUGCACUACACAGAUGGUCACCACCUCCCCUCAGAUCCCAAACCCAUCCCCUUCAUUCUCAGACGGCACAGCCCAGCCUGUGGAGUCCUCCCUGGCCUUCCCAUGGACUUUCCCAUUCGGUAUCGAUCGGAGGUUCCACUCAGACAAAUCAAAGCUCCCUGAGAGCCCUCGUUGUUUAGAGCAGGGCACCCCAGGGACCUCAGAAGGGGUAGUCGGCCGGCGGCUCAGUGACUUCUUAACGUGCGAGAAUUCCAAGGCGGUGUCGUCACCGGUGCCGGCAGAGGAGGUAGAUGUGAGGGUGAAGGUGGAGCGUCUCAGUGAUGAGGAGGUCCAAGAAGCGUCCUCGCAGCCGGUCAGUGCCUCCCAGAGCUCGCUGAGUGACCAGCAGACGGUGCCAGGGAGUGAACAGGUCCAGGAGGAGCUCCUCAUCAGUCCACAGUCCUCCUCAAUAGGAUCGAUGGAUGAGGGAGUGUCUGAGGGUUUGCCGUCAAUGCAGGGCACCUCGAACACUGGAGGACACACAGAAGAUGAUGAAAGGUUAGAAGGUAUUCAGUAUCCGUACCACCUCUAUAUCAGCCCCUCAGCCAGGUCCGGCACCAAUGGUCCCGACAGGCCCUUCCAAUGUCCAACCUGUGGAGUCAGAUUCACUCGCAUUCAAAACCUGAAGCAGCAUAUGCUCAUACACUCCGGCAUUAAGCCUUUCCAGUGUGACCGCUGUGGGAAAAAGUUCACACGGGCCUACUCCCUAAAGAUGCAUCGGCUGAAGCACGAAGGUAAACGCUGUUUCCGGUGCCAGAUUUGUAGCGCCACAUUCACGUCCUUCGGUGAAUAUAAGCACCACAUGAGGGUCUCCCGACACAUAAUCCGCAAGCCGCGGAUUUACGAGUGCAAAACGUGCGGGGCCAUGUUCACCAACUCUGGCAAUUUAAUUGUACACCUGAGGAGUCUGAACCAUGAGGCAUCCGAACUAGCAAACUACUUCCAGAGCAGUGAUUUCCUCGUGCCCGACUACCUGAGCCAGGUACAGGAGGAGGAGGAGGCACUGGGAGUCCAGUAUGAGCUAGAGGAGACAGAACAUCACCCCUUGUACCCGGGAAGCACCUCCACCGCAGCCUUGUCGUCCUCCUCGGUCCAGAUGCCCGUCAUCUCCCAGGUCUCCUCCUCUACCCAGAAUUGUGAGAGUUCCACCGGCUUCCUUUCACCCGAGCCCCUGGACCCCCUGGAAGCCCCGGCCUCCCUCAAGAUGGACGCUGAUGAGACGGCCGCCAUGACAGAGGAGACCAAGAUGAACAACAGUGUCGGAGGCAGUUCCCCAGAGGUUUUUGAAGAAGAGCAGCAGCAGCAGCAGCAUGCCCAGGCCAAGGAGCUGGCUUCCAUUACCAUAGAGUGAUUCAAGCCUUCUACUUGCCCACCAUGUCUUAUUUUGCAGUCAUGUCAUAUGGGAAUAUCUGUUGAAAUGCCAUGUCGGCUCAAAGGGAUAACUCGGGACAUUGAAAUCGAAACCGAAUCAUGCGAAGCCAUCAAGACGCCACGAUUGAAGUUUUCUGAACACUUCAGUUGCCUUGAUGAUGUUUUUCCACACGCAACACAGAUGCACUUAUUUGAGUUCAUGUUUUACACCAAACCAAAUCUAGCAAAGUAAAUGAUAAUUGUCUUUUGUUGUCUUUGAAAUUAUUUCCCCCAAAUCUUGACUGAAGCAAUUUCCUUGUCGGUGACAUGAGUUCAUUAGGUCAUAAAAUCAGUCUGCAACCAAACCUAAGUUUUAAAAUAGUAUUUUUCAAGUGAAGCAAGUAAACAGUAUUUUUUAAGAGUAAUUUGUAGGAGGGUUGUUUUUCCCAUAUGACGUGAAUGCAGCACUAGCUAAAGUCAUUUCUGUCUUAGCCAGUUUGAGGUCUGUUGAAUUCAAGCCUUGCCCUACUUUUGGAAAGUGCCUGAGAGUUCCCAUUUUAACAAAGCAACGUGUAGAAGGAGGAGAGGUCUUGACUUUGCCAACAGGAACAAAUCAAGUCUUUGCAAACUGAGCUAAAGGAAAAAAAAAACCUUGUAUUUCAUUUGUAGUGACAAUGCUAGUUUGUAUGGGCAGAGACUGUGUUAUUCCUUCAGUGCCGUCGCUAUAGGCAAACUGUUAAAUGUCAAUAUUAUCUAUAUUGCAAUAGCUUGUACUUUAGUUUUACUAUUUGAAUGCUGUGUAUGUUGGGUGUUGUGAAAUAUGAUAUGUCAGGUGUGUGUAUGUGCAUUUCCUUUUAUCUAUAUGAACAUAGUACAUUUCAUUUUUUAAUGUUUAAAAAUUAGAAAUUAUAUUGACAGAGUAUUCCCUUAAGACGUUUGUGCAGUAUAUCAUUUUUCUGACCUAUUACAAAUUAUUUUAUUUUCAAUGAACACUGUUGUUAAAUGAAACCUUGCAUCUCCAAAAACUAAAUGCUAGUAGUGAGGUAAAACUUGGAUGAGCACUGCUGCAUCUUUUUGUUUGAAAAUCCAACCAAAAUAAGACUAAAAUAUAUGUAAAACACAAAUUUGGAGUAACAAGGUUUUUUUUACAAUAGCAAUGUUAUAUUUCCAAAUAGGCUCCUAAGAUAUGGUAAUGUAGCAUUUCACCCCAGUGGGAGUCGAAUGGAAGGUUUUGUUUUUAGUUUUAAAGUCAGUUUGUGUUCUAAAUAUUGAUAUCGCACAUGGAUUUUUGGUCAUCGUGAUUUACCAACAGGUACACUGCUGAUAUUCUAGGAUAUUGCAUGACUGUUGAAGUAAUGUUUCACUUCGGUACAACACAAUUGUCUUUUUUAAAGUUUUAUCCUCUUGACUUUGUAAGUGAUAUACCAAGAAUAUUAAGAAGUGUGGAUAAACCACCAGCAUUCUGUUUUUUUUCCCUAAGUUGUAACAAAGGGAAAAACUACAUUGUAAAAAAUUCCCUGACUUAAAAAAAAAGAAAAAAAGAAAAAAAAAGAACUGUGUGUGCAGGAAGUGAUGCAAACAGAUUAUGAUUGCUAUCUGUGAUGGCCAGUUUACAGUCAGAACAGAUUACCAGGUUGUUGGGUGGUAUGUGAUAAUAUUGCUUCAAAAGCAAUAGGAGCAUGCUCGUGAGUGAAUGCAAAUACUGUGAGUUGAAUCAUUAUAAAUGAUAAAUAUAUUGUGUUGGGCAAGAGCUUAUCCUUCACCAUAAACUGAUAGCACAGUUUGGCAGUUGACAUUACUAAUUUCAGAAACCUUUUUUUUUAUGCUAAUUGUUUUGGUCGAACUUCCAACUCCUGUUAUCUGUGUUGUGCCAACAUGGUUGUAAUUGUCUACUUGGACAUUGUUGUGCCUGUAUUUUGAGAAGAUAAUGAUACCCAUGGUAAUAACCCAUGAGUUGAAUGCUACUGACUGUGACUGGGUAUGUUGUUUAUCGUUUAUUUUCUGUCGCCCCCUGAAAGUAGUACAAACAGCCGACAUAAAGAAUUAUCACAGCAGACCUAGCAAGACCUCUUAAUACAGGGUUGAUUGUAAAUGUAAAGAUGAAUAUUGCUGUGAUGGGGCAUCAGUAUUACCCUGUCCUGAUCAUUUGAAGUCACUGAGAGCUGUCUUAAUAAGAGCUUGCGUUACCUUGCGCCAUCCUACCAGUCACUUUUCAAAGUUGUGCCAUUUGCCCUUUUUAUCUGGGUACAAAUCAUGCUUUUUCCUACAGGACCAAAUGUUCUCUAUCUCAUUGGGGAUGUGCCAAGGCAAUCAGUAAUUGCACAUAAUAAAAGAGAGAUAAUCAUUCUAAGUGGUCCAUGCUAUUUAGCAAAGGGGUCCUGCUGUUUCGCCCCUUAAAACACUGUAUGAUGUUGUGCAUUUAAGAGGCUAGCCUUAGUAAAUGGACCUAUUAACUCUAGUUGCACAAUAUCAACAUUUAAAAAAUGUUUUUUAUUCUCCAUUUGUGUGUCAUGCUUUUCAUCUGUUGUGUUCAGUGUCUAUUCAAACAACUUUUUUAUAAUGAAAUGCUGCUGUUUGUUGAAACGCAAAAGUGCCCAAAAUAUUUUUGUGAACCAAUGGUGUGCAAUAAAUGGACAGGUGUUGUAUUAGAA